AUGAACGACCAAUGUCUGUGUGUCUUGAAGAAGAGUCCUCCACGCAGCAGGCAAAAGGGGGCUGCGAAUGACUGCAAAAGAAGCCUGGAGCUCUUUCUUCUGACUCUGUCUUUGCUUUCUUCUCUCACUGGUAAGUCCUCCAAGGCUUGAUAAGGUGAUAUGCGCGUGUUUUUGCAGGAAAAGACGUUUGUGUAGAAGGCCUCUCUGUCUGUUGAAGCGGCCUCACAAUCCCUUCAUGGCUCUGUUAUUUGGUAACAUCUAAAAUAAGCUACAUUACGCGCAGAGCGCAAACAACAGAGGGGAUGCAGCCAGGAGACUCGCUGUGCUGUAAAGGAUGGAUGCAGAGGCCGCCGACUAUAAAAUCGUUUGAAACAGUACUGCUUCCUUUUCAAGCGAGAGCAUUUUAGGGUUGGAACAGAGUGAGAUGCCUCAGUUUUCUUCCUCUCAAAAUGGAGGGAUUCUUCUUUGCCGGAAACUUCAUUUCAGUUUUAGCUGAGGAAAGCUGGAUCCUUCAAAGACUCAGUCCUGGAAUAUCUGGCUGCUUUGUGUUCAGAAAGGCAGUUUGCAAUGAUGUGUCUGCAGUCUGACAAAGCACCUUUCAGAAUUGAAUAAUGAUAUCCAAUACACUCUGAGUGGGUCUCCUUUUGGGCUUGAAUUAAAAGCUGCAGUUAGUGUAUAAUUGCUGGUAUGAGUAAGACCCUGUCCACAUUUAACACCUCUCCUCAGAGAUCUGCAUUGGCUGGUGUUAUGUUAUAGGGCUAAAUUUAAGACAUUACUACUGGUACAUAAAGCCCUCAGUAGCUUGAGACCAGUUUAUUUCAAGGAUCACCUUAAUCCAUAUAAGCUCUUGAAUUGGUACUACUUACAAGUGCCACAUAAUAUUCAUUUCAAACCUGCAAGAAAUCAAUCUUUUAAUUUAACAGAACCUAGACUUUGAAACUCCCUGCCUCUUGGCACCAGGCAGAUUAAUGCACUCUUUUUGGCACCUGUUAAAAUCUCUCCGUCCAGGCAACCCUUCCCAGAAUUUGGCAUGUGCUUUAAUCGGGGCUCCCAGGAUUCAGAAACCAUUUCAUUUUUUUAAUUGGUGCUUGUCCACAGAAACUUACAAAGAGAAUAACUUAAAAGAUUGAGUAAAGGUCAAUUCCUGAAAUUAAUAGGCAAGCAGAAAUCAAAAAGCUUUAAAUCGGUGAUUCUGAGAGACUUUUCCAACCAUUGUCCCUUUCUUUGACUUUGUUUCUCCCUUUUCCUUCCUUCUUUUCCAUCUCCCUGAACUUUUUAAGGUACUGCAAGUAUCAGAGUACAGAAUCCCCACAAGGAGAAGUUGAAUGGGAUCUUGGGAGGCUGUGUGUUGCUCCCUGUAAAUAUCCCCCUCUUGGAAACACUGAAAACAACUGAAUGGGAUUUCCAGGGAGAAAAUGGUUUGAAAUUUCAGCUGGCUGAGUUGAGGGAAGGAAGACUGGAGAGGCUGAAUCCCAAGGACAGGUUUGGGCCAAGAUUGGAGAUGGCAGAUGAUACCACCCUGAGGAUCAAAGACUUGGAAAUGGAUGACAGUGGCAAAUAUUCCAUUAGAGUGAGGUUUAUUUCGACACAGUAUGAAGAUUACACCUUCCACCUCUCUGCGUAUGGUAAGCAAUUCUUUAUUCAUCUGUGUACAUUUAUUGUGGAAUAGAGCCUGGAAAAAGAGCCAAGCUUUUUCUCCUUCAGCAGUGAUGUUGCUGGGCAGUGGCUGACACCCACGGUGGGCACAGAUAAUAGUAAUAAUAAUAAUAAUAAUAAUAAUAAUAAUAAUUUAUUAUUUAUACCAUGCCCAUCUGGCUGGGUUUCCCCAGCCACUCUGAGCGGCUCCAAACAGAAUAUUAAAACCACGAUGCAAGAUCAAACAUUAAAUCUUCCCUGAACAGGGCUGCCUUCAGAUGUUUUCUAAAUGUCAGGUAUUUGUUUAUCUUUUUGACAUCUGAUGAGAGGACGUUCCACAGGGCAGGCGCCACUACCGAGAAGGCCCUCUGCCUGGUUCCCUGUAGCUUUGCUUCUCACAAUGAGGGAACCGCCAGAAGGCCCUCGGAGCUGGACCUCAGUGUCCGGGCUGAAUGAUGGGGCUGGAGACGCUCCUUCAGGUAUACUGGGCCAAGGUCAUUUAGGCCUUUAAAGGUCAGCACCAACAUUUUGAAUUGUGCUGGGAAACGUAUGAGCCUUUCAUAUGUUAUUCCACAGAACCAGUCCCAGAACCAAAAAUCCUCUCCCAAAUUGUCUCCAAGAGCCCAGAUGGCUGCAAUGUGACCCUGCAGUGUCAGGUGCCUGGAAAGGGGGAAUUCAACAUCUCCUGGAAAGGAGGAGAUGCCUUCAGGGACUUAGAAGAUGGUUCAAAGUCAUAUCACCUCUCUGGCAAUGGCAAAAAUCUCCACUUGUUCUGGAAGCUCAGCUCCUCAGAGCCCAACAUCACCUGCCUGGUCACCAAUCCAGCAGAUCAGAAAAGCAUCUCCUCCAACUUGCUGCACAUCUGCCAAACUGAAGGUGAGCAACUCUCUAUUUUAUUUAGAAAACUGCAGAAACCACUUAAUUAAAAAAUCAUUGAUUUAAUCUUUAAAAGUGCAUAAAACACAGUGAAAGCUGAACAGUUAUUUGUCCUCCUCCCCUUCCUCAUUAUGCAUUAGCUGGGUAGUUGAUUGGGGUGCUGAACACCCAACACUUCCCUUCCAUUUUAAUUUCAAAAUGAGCCUUAUCAUGGGGUCAGUGAAUUGGAAAGAUUUUAAAUUUUUCAAAUGGAAAUCUAGACAGAUUCAUGAACCGUUGCAAACUUAGGAAUCGGUCCUCAUAACCAGCUUGCAAAAUUCAAACAGAAUUCUAACAAAUCAGUAAGCCUAUAAUUGGAUUCAAGAAGGCCACAGAGAACUGAGAAGGAGGUGGAAGGUGAGGUCAGUUGGGGACAUAUACACAAUUCUUGCAGAAAGCCAACAGGUGAAGUUCCGGGUGUUGUCUUAUCUGUUUCUUCUCUCUCUCUCUUUUUAUUGAACAAUGCUAGUGGUUUACAAAGGAAUCUAGAAUAUUCAUCAAAACAUAACUUUUAAAAGCAACCCUCAAAAGCAAGUUAAAUUUUUUAUCUGAAAAUUGCAGCUUUCACAAGCUUCAAAAGCUAUAACAGACGCUGUAAAACACAGGCCUCUUUGCCUGUGCCAUCAUUUAUGUGGCUCUUUUCAUCCUGAUAACAGCAUUAUAUUUAAAAGCAUAUUUAUAAAAGUUGUUAUCUGAAAGUCUUCCUAGAUAUCUAUAUAUAUAUAUAUUACACCCAGAGAUAGUGUAUCCCAACAAGCCUGCUGUGGGAUAGAUUUUUUCACAAAGUCCAAAACAUUCAACCUCUUUUCUACUUCACAGACCCAGCUGUGUUUUUUUCUCUAACCAAUAUUUGAGCUUGCAUUCUCAGAGCAGCAAGAAGGCCAGUCAUUGGCAGCCAUCAAGCCAACAUCUGGCAUGAGAAAACAUCUGGGGAUUAUGACAUGUGGGUUUUCUUUCCAUGGAAAACAGCAGCUUUGGCAAUGAAUGGAGUUCUCUAACAAUGAAAGGAUUUCACAGCCAUUCAAGCACUCUCAGCAUAGCUUAUAAACCACAUAAUAAUGGUAAUAAUAAUGAUUAACCUCUAAGUACAUAAAAAUCGGGACACGGGAGGCACUGUGGGUUAAACCACAGAGCCUAGGGCUUGCUGAUCAGAAGGUCGGUGGUUCGAAUCCCCGUGACGGGGUGAACUCCCAUUGUUUGGUCCCUGCUCCUGUCCAACUAGCAGUUUGAAAGCACGUCAAAGUGCAAGUAGAUCAAUAGGUACCGCUCUGGCAGGAAGGUAAACGGCAUUUCGGUGCGCUGCUCUGGUUCGCCAGAAGCAGCUUAGUCAUGCUAGCCACAUGACCCGGAAGCUGUACGCCGGCUCCCUCGGCCAAUAAAGCGAGAUGAGCGCCGCAACCCCAGAGUCGGUCACGACUGGACCUAAUGGUCAGGGGUUCCUUUACCUUACCUACAUAUAAUAAUGAGAAAACAGCAAGGAAAGAAAUAGGAACCAGGUGAAGUGAUCAGUAAUGGGAGAUGGAUUACUGCAGAUAACCACUGGGUGAAUCUGGGAGGGUUUUCUUAACCAUUUACCCUUUGGUGAAUUUUUCAACUAAAACUCCAACAUACACCUUGGUUUGUUUUUUUACCCCACAAUAUUCAUUUUAUUCCUCUAUAUCUGUUUUUAAAACUGCAAGUUUUUACAGUAAUCCUGAUAAUGUCUUAAUCUGUUUGCAAUUUGUUCAAUAAACCAUUUCUGUUCCUUAAUAAAAAGUUUGUUUCCUAAUUCGUCCAUUAAGUUUCUCCAUUUCUGCUCAUUCCAUUGUUUUCUGUGACCAUUCUUCUCUCGUCGGAACAUCUUCUUCUUUCCAUUUUUGGGCAAAGAUCUUUAUUGCGACUGUAGUCGUAUACAUAAAUAAGUUUCUGUAUUGCUGAGGUAGCUCUGAUCCCAUCAGAUAAGUGGAGGCUUUCAAGAAGCUGGUUGUGCACAGCUCUAGCCGAGACCCUUGUCCAUGCAACAUGUGUGCUCUGCCAAUGAGCGUUGCGCAACAUUUUAGUGGUCUUCCAAUAUCUUGCACCUUUUUUGAAAAAAAACAAAAAGAAAAUUAUUCUUUAUCCAGUCUUUACAGGUGACCGUCAACUCAUACAGCAUUGGAGGUGGGGUUUUCUCAUCAUUUUGCUCCUCUUCUUGGCUGUAUUUGGGAUUAUGACCAGGAAGACAUGA